CUUUAUGUCCUAAUAAACAAACACAAAAUUACUUUGAUGGCUUCCAUAACCUCAACUCUACUUUCUUCUUCUUCUUUUUCUAAAGUAAAUGCCGCAAUCCACCUCCCAAAGCUCCCAAGAGUAAAUGUCUCAAUGCCAAAAAUACCAACCACUGCCAGAAAGCUGAAUGAGGGGUUAACGUUCACAGACUCAGUCCCAUUAUUUGAGAAUAAUGCCACCACCAUCACUCAGUUACACAACGAUGUAUCCAACCCUACAACCUCCGUAACCACCAUGCAACUUUACGCUAUCCUAGAGGCUGUAGCUGACAGAGUUGAAAUGCACAAAAACAUUGCCGAACAAAGAAACAACUGGAACACCCUACUCUUGAACAACAUAAACAUGAUUACUCUGACUGCUGCCACAUUGGCUGGUGUUGCUGCGGCCACAAGUGGUGCAGGGGUAACACUUUUGGCUCUCAAGCUAUCUUCCACUCUCUUGUUUUCUGCUGCCACUGGAAUGUCACUUAUUAUGAACAAGAUCCAGCCCUCACAACUUGCUGAGGAGCAACGCAAUGCUACGAGGUUGUUCAAACAGCUUCAGACACAAAUCAAAACCAUGAUCACGCUUGGAAAUCCAACGGAAGAAGAUGUGAAGGGUUCAAUGGAGAAGGUGUUGGCCCUUGACAGAGCUUAUCCACUUCCCUUGUUGGGAGCCAUGCUUGACAAGUUUCCUUCAAAAUUUGAACCUGCUGUUUGGUGGCCUUCAUCACAGUUCCAAAGGAAAAACAAAACCCUAGAAGAAAAUGCGAAGAGCAAGAGAAAAAACGGAUGGAGUGAAGAGCUAGAAAUGGAGUUGAGGGAGGUUGUUGAAGUGGUGAAGAGAAAAGACUUUGAGGACUAUGAGAGGCUGGGGAACAUAGCGUUGAAGAUCAACAAGAGUUUGGCCAUAGCAGGUCCUUUACUCACUGGCAUUGCAGCAAUAGGGUCUGCAUUUGUGGGAAAUGAUUCACUUGGAGCUAUAGUGGCACUUAUGGCUGGGUCACUGGCUUCUGCAAUCAAUGCUUUUGAGCACGGUGGGCAAGUGGGUAUGGUGUUUGAAAUGUACAGAUUUUGCGGCGGAUUCUUCCAACUGUUGGAGGAGACAAUAGAAGCUGAGGUAGAAGAGAAAGAGUUUGAGAGAAGACAAGAAGGGGAACUCUUGGAGAUGAAGGUGGCUUUGUUGUUGGGGAGAAGUGUGUCACAGCUCAGAGAAUUCGCCACAAAAUCAGCUUCUUGUCGGCCAGACGGAAUUCUCGUCGAUGAAUUCGCCAGCAAACUCUUCUAAGCUAUAACGUAUAACCUUAAUUCCUUGACUUUAUUUUUU